UGGACGGACCAUUUGACAGCUAUACGUAUGGGUUUGUCAGGGGAGCACGGAACAUGGAAUGAAUUUCUAAAAUUUUACGACCCAAGAAGCGCAGAUAUAUGCUUUGAUCCCAAUUCACGACCAGACCCUGCCUUGAUCCAGUUCCUUACUUCAAUCAACAAGAAAGACGAUUCCAGGAAAUUGGCUUUGCUUUUGAAUCCCAGCCGUCCCCAGGUUUGCGACUACUCAUACAAAUACCCGAACGAGACAGCUGAGCAGAGAUUAGUUCGAAAGACUCUUACACAUGACGAGUACCCAUUCGACUUUUUGAUCCCGUAUAACUCCAAGGACUGGGUCCUUACGGGGAUCAUAGGGAGCCCACUUCGUGUACCUAUUAGCCGUUUCGCACCAAUUAUUUCCUAUUCUUUCCGCUCAGGGAAGCCUUUUGAUAUUACCAAAACCGAGAUGAUUGCCGUUUGUUGCGAGAAGGUUCUCUGUCUAGAUAACACUGAAGCUGCUGUUAGAGUUGCUGCUGUUGACCGCAAUCUCAAGGUGAUUCUUGAUGUGCUUGUCGAACCAAAUCAGCCUGUUAUCAACUACAGGACUAGCAUUACCGGACUCGAUUCUCGUGUUCUUCAUUUAUCAAAUGCUACUCCUUUGUCAGAUAUACAGGAAAAAUUGCUGGGAUUAUUACCCACGGGAACUAUAAUGGUCGGUCACCUUUUGAACAAGGAUCUCAAAGCUUUAAAGAUGGAUCAUGCAAGAGUUAUCGAUACCUCUCUACUGUUCAAGUAUGAUAUCUCUCCUUGUAUCGGAAAGCUUCCAAGGCCCUCUUUAGAUCAUCUGUGCAAGUCUGUUUUGGGAUACGAAAUACCGAAAUCUCGUGGCAGAUGUGUUCAUGAAGCUGUAGCUUCAAUGAAACUUGUGCUUGCUAUAUUGGAGCAUGGAGCACACACCUCUGUUCCACUACCUGAUGAGAUGUUGAAAACUGAUGUGUCAGGACUCUUGUCAAUGAAGAAGAAUGUUCUUUCUAAGCGACCCAUGAGAAACAAUGCGUCCCCACCCUGGUGUAAACCAUCGUGGAAGUCAGCCUUGUGAGAGCCAACUUUCGCAAAGUGAAGAAUAAACUCAUAAGAGAACCGUGAAAAGAGCCAUCCUGGCAGAUAGCCUAUCGGAAUGCUCUUGCCCUUUUACUAUCUCCUAAUUUGCAAAUGUGUCUAAACGUGCUAGUAUUAAUGUUCUUCUUAACUUAGUUAUUAGCUACUGGUAAUUAAAACGUGAAAAAUGAUUAUCCUAAGAAGUUCUACUUGAUCGUA